AUUAGGUAUCAUUGAUCACGGUUGACGGAGGGCUGCGUGGCGGUGGAUUCCCAAGAUAGAAGACGGGACGCACAAGACGCAAAUCCAUCUAAGCAGCCAGUUGUCCGCGACCCCGUGAUUGGCUAGCGACAAUGCGAUGCUGUGCGUGCGCCCCGUGUGUGUUGUACGUGCCGACUGUGUGCGUCUGUACGUGAUAUGUGUGUGUGUGUGUGUGUGUGUGUGUGUGUGCACUUCUCGUCCCUCGUAACCGCGAGCUGCGAAAGCUGCGCCUCGGCAGGGUUGCGCGGCUCCGCGCGGACCUCACCAGCCAGGGACAAACGUCGACAAAAGAGCAAAACACCAAGAGGGGGGGGCGAGCGACGAGCGCGACGGGAUUGGGCAGACGGCGCCCUAGAAGCCCAGACAGACGCCGGCCAGCGGUGUGUUUCAGCUGCGAAGAUGUCCUCGGCCUGUCCCGCAGAAAGAUGGGUUCGCCAUGCAAGCGCUAGAUGGAGCCGCAUCCGAAGGAGGGGAGAAUCGUCGUUGUGCUAGGCGGCAUGUGCCUCGAGACAGAGAGAGAGAGUACCGCGUGCUCGCGGGAUCUUACGAGGUGGCGAUAUAUGCGAGAUUGCCGGUCGGGCUUCUGCCAAGGUCUGCG